AUGAAAUCCUUGGCCAGGGAGUUCAGGGAGCUCGAGGCGACGAGCCAACUCCCGCCCUCUACACCGCAGCAGUGCGUCGCACCGUCCACUGUACUCUUACCUGCUGCUGUCGGUACGGUGCCGCCGCAGCUGAGCCCGUUCGUCGCCAACACCGCAGCGGCGUUGUCUCCGCAAGCGUCUCGACAGAUGUGCAUGGCACCGCUUCUGGGUCUCAGCUCCUUCCCUAGAUCGCCGCUGCACAACGGCAGCACGACCUUGCAGACGACGAACGAUGGUUGCCCGGACACCCGCGCGGACCGCGUUGGCAGUAGAAGCUGUUCGGUCAUCGAUUCGUUCGGCCGGUCCUCACCUCCGACCCCGUCCGUCGCGCUGCGCAUUGGUGACGGCAGUCGUAACAGUGGCCCGUCAGGUACCGCACACGCUCACGCCGCACCCGCCGCCCGCAGCGCCGACGAAGACUCAGCACUUGACCCUCUCACAUCCUCCUCCUCCCCCACCGCAACGGCGUGCCUGUCGCAGGGCACGCCGGAGAACUCGCUCAUGAUGAACACCACGUCGGCGACGGCCACAGCCAACAGAACGGGUAGCGGUAGCCGGCGCAGCAGCCGCUCCGGCGCCCGCUUGGACAGGGACCGACGUUGCUCGACGACCCCGCCCUACACAGAAGUACAUGCGCACCACCAACAGCCGCGCCUAGCGUGUGACACAUCCUUGGCGUGGGUAUUGACGCCUGCGUGUGAUCCCAGCGGCCUCAGCACACCGGGCGUCGGCGGAGCAGCGUCGCAAGCGGGAUCUGUGCACCACUACGCGCCGCCCUUCCCUUCCUUUGCAAAAAGCGUGUGUGCCCUCCACCCUCUUACGGACGUCAUGGAGCCCACGACAGCGGCACCAGCAGCAGCCCCAUCGAUCCCGCCAAGGGCAGCAUCGCGCGAGCAAGUGAGCAGUAGACCGCCUUCGAUGGCCGCCAAGCAGGAAACUCCUCAUCAGGCGCCAGGGCAGCCGCAGGGGCCUCUUUCCACCACCACCGUCACUGCGUCGCCGAUGUCGCCGACGACUGCGCCCGUGCAGCUGUCGCUGCAAGAGAAGCUGCUAAUUUCGGCACCUCUAACCCCGAGGAGCGGUCGUGGCACGCCGUCAUCGACGCUUCACGUCGCACCAUCACCACCGCGACGUCGCUGUAGCUCGGCAACGAACCCGUCUAUCAGCACGGUCGGCGUGAAGCCCGACUCCGGCAAGAGCAGACGAGGAGGCUCCGCCACCACCGCCGCGGCGGCAACAGCAAUGGCAGCCGCAUUCACCUCCAGCCAGCUUGCACCCUCGCCUGCAGCGCCGGCCACGGCCACACUACCAUCACCGCCGCCGUGCAUGCGCCUCAGAAGCACCGGUGACGGAAACAGUGCGCGUAGCAAUCCCAACAACAUGAGCGUGUGCAGUAUCCCGAGCGCCGUUGCCGUUGUCCCCAUCGAGGUGCAGCCGGCAAUCCUCUCCGCCUCUCCCUCUUUCUUUGCAACCAGCCCGUGUCAAUCACCCGCCCGCGCAGCCGUCAGCGCCAGUGACUCGGGGGCUUUCAUCUACGGUGUGGCAGCCGCGAGCGCCGUACCCUACACGCCCUCCGCGCCGAAGAUGGCCGCAAUUGAGCAGCCAGGCCAAGCCUCUGCUGACCCGCGAGCGUCGGCGACGCCACCGCUGCAGCGGAACCCCGCCUCCCCCACGGCGCAACCAGUUCAGAACCCGGCGUACUGGUCGGUCCCAUGCACACCGGCGGUGCCCAUGACAGUCUUCCUCGCAGCCCCGGAGAUGAGCUGGCACUCCUUGACGGGCGGAGUGACGACCCCGCCGGCGAGUAGUAUCGGCGUCGCCAUACCUGACCCGUGCAGCCAGAACUUCUUUGUUGGAUGCAGCGUUCGGGGCACGGGGACGUCUAUCUUGGACGGCUGCUCGUCGACUGCCUCCAUCGCGACGCCGCUGGCCACGUCGCCGGCGUCAUCGGCAGCACUCGAUCCGCAGCGCACAAGCGGCAACCGUGGUGCUACGCGGACGUCGGCGGGGCAGACGUACCGGAAUGUGCUCGUCUAUGGCGGCGGUGGCACCAGCGGUCAGGGCGGUGGAUGCGCCACGGCCGUCACAGCAUCGGGGAGCAGCCACGGCCUUGGUCUCCCCCUCUACUCCUCACAGCCGCAGCUUCUCUGCACGCCGGUGCCGCUCGAAGACACGGAGAGCGUGUGUGCGAUUUGCCUAGAGGGUCGCGCGUCGAGGACACGGACGACGGAGACGAGAGAGACAACAGCGCUGCCCUCGACACCUCUGCAACCCCCGCAUGCGGCGGGGGAGGGGGCACGCCAGGCAAGCGACAGCGCCGCAGCAGGGAUGUGCGACACGACGCCAGCCGACGAGGGAGCCGAGCGUGGGGCCGUGCGCGGUGUCAAGCCCGGCUCCUGCCUCCUCUCGCUUCCUUGCGGCCACUGUUACCACCAAAACUGCUUGCAGCGGUGGCUGAUGGAGUCGCAGAGCUGUCCCACCUGCCGCCGCGACCUCACGCGCGACGCCACCAUCAGCUGA